GUGACCAGCUGCGGGACAUUAUUGUGGCAAAGUGAGGGUGGCGGAUUGUUCAAAACGAAUUGGAAUUUCGAACGAUAAGCUUCGGGCUCCCAAUCGGAAGUCAACUGCGCGUAGUAUAACGUCCGUUUUGAGUGCUGGCGUGAAUCUAGUUUACACUAUCGGGCAGUGCAAUACGCUCCGGGGCAAACUGUGUCCAACUCCCAAGAAGUAACAAAAAGAUAGCCAUCUGGUGCUACCCCUGAACUCCCAAAAUAUUUUUACACACCACCAACGGAACGCACGCACGCACAAAAACAACAAUACCGUCUCAGUGGCGGCAACAUAUGUAAAACGAUAAGAAAACAACCCACAAGUGACACCAAAAAUAUAAAAAAAAUUAGAACGGAGUGUGAAUACCAAUUAAUAUAUAUACAUACAUAGAUCUGGAGGCAGUGACUCCCACAACAAUUACCGCAGAUGAGGUGAACGAACCAGUGAACCCUUAACUCCAUACUCCCGCGCCCCAUCCAGCUUCAAUUCCUGACAAUUAAAGAGAAUCUAAUUAAAGAGGAGGCAUCUUUUAAGAUGCCGUCGCUCCGCCAGAAGGUCACCACUUACUUCCGCCAGUUGAGUUUCAUAGCAGAGCCUCGCGAGGGUCGUCGACGGGCAACGGAUCACGAGGACGACGAUGGCAACUUUAUUACAAAAUAUCUAGAGGGGCGAAUGCGUCGAGAGUUUGUGAGUGGCCCGGAGAUCUACAAUGGCCGGAAUCCAACCGAUAUGCCCGUUCUCAAACUCGAUUGCUACGAAGCAGGACCCUGCUCAAUAACAGCGGCCUGCACAGGACCAGAUGAGGGUCUAACCGGCAUUAAGCGGUCCAAGCUCCACCUUAGCACCAGCUUUGCGGACGACAUCGACUUCAUAGACACGCAGCAGGAGAAUGACGACUGUUAUGGAGUGCGGAAGAGCACGAAUCCGGGGCCGACAAUACAACAGAAUCCCACCAGGUUGUCCCACAAAUUUGGUCGCGCUCCGAUAGGAUCUCGAAGGCAGAGCAGCACGGAGCAGCCUACUGGUUCUGCCCCGGCCCCUGGAAUGCGAUCUCGCAAGAACUCCAAGACUAGCAUAGCCAACCUGGCGGCAUCUUCGGCUAUCACGGAUUCCGGAAAAACAACAUCCAACCAGAACAACAGAAACGAGUUGAACGCCAAGGCUGAGGGCUCUUCGGAAGGUGGCUCCGACUUGGAGCGGGAGCGCCUGCUUCGGGAGGCAGUAAGCAAUCUGGAUGGCUCGUCGCCUUCGACAGUGGUGGCAGGAGUGGACAACUGGCGCAAGGAAUGCGACUAUGCUUACGGAAUUUCGGUCUCCCUCUAUGAGAACAACAUGCUCACCAAGGAGCCUAUGGGUAACCCCAUAGCCGACUGCUAUGGCAUGGUGGUUCGCGGAGACUCCGCCGCCAUGGCCAUGGCUGAUGGCGUCAACUGGGGUGAUGGAGCUCGAUUGGCAGCCCGCUCGGCAGUCCACGGCUGUCUGGACUAUCUGGACCGGACUGUUUUUGGCCUGGCGGGCGAGGGUCGAGCAACUACUACGCAGGAGGUGUUUGUGAAUCUUCUGCGAAGCCUCUGGGAAGGACACGGAUGCAUUCUCGAAGUGGGCGGUGCCCUCUCCACCCUGACCAUUGCCGUUGUACUGCCGCUGGACGGUGAGCCGGGAAAGUUCGUGGUAUGCGCCUGCAAUGUGGGUGACUCGCUGGGCUACAUCUAUUCCAAAAAGCAUGGCGUUAGGGAGCUGACGCAGGCCUCCCACGACAUCAGCUCGAUGCGGGACAUGCGGGAUGCCCUGGGGGCACUGGGACCCGCGGAUGGCAACAAGCCGGAGUUGAGCAAUCUCACCUUCUCGAUGAGCUGCAUAGAACGGGGUGACAUUGUGUUCCUCACUUCCGACGGGAUCAGUGACAACUUCGACCCGGUGGUGGGCAAGUUUGCAGAAGCCUGGACCCCAGAUGUGAAGCUGCAGACAUCAGGACAGGGGAAACUGUCAAGUCUGGCUCCAAAACGACAGAACAAGAGCGCUUCGGCGAUCUACGCGCGCUUGCAUCCGUCGACGCCCCCAGUUGGUCGGCCCACGAGACAGGCCAAGCCGGUCAGUCCGCCCAGCAAUACGCCUAGCCGGCCAAAGUACAUGCGAUCUCAGACCUUGAUCGAGCCCCGUCAAGGGCUGGGGCCCGCACCACCGCUCACUCCGCUUCCUCAGCGCAUUCCAAGGUCAGUAUCUGGGCUGCCGCUGGUGACUGGACCCCAGAGACAUGCCCUCACUCUGUACCGCUUGGAGGACCUGCUCAGCUACGGCAUCAACGGCACAUUCUCGCCCUGCGCCUCGGCUCGAAAACUCUGUCACCUGCUCAUCGAUUUCGUGAGAAUGAUCACCUCCGCCAGGCGGAAGACGCUGGAGCAGAGGGAGCUCUUCUACAAGCUCUCAACGGGACCUGACGGAGCCAAGCGGGAAGUGCAGCUGAACCGGAUGCAACAUCGGGCCGCCAGAAAGCGAAUUGUCGAUAGUAGUGCCUAUGUGGCCCUGCCUGGAAAACUGGACCAUGCCACCGUGAUGGCGUAUACAGUGGGCGGUGGGGAAGUGCAGGAUAAUGACACCGUCGACAAGAACGGUGUAGGGGAUGAAAUAUCGUCCCCUGUUCUUCAAUCCAAGGAGUUUAAGGAGACAAACUUCUAAGGAGACCAGAGAAAACGCUAGACUGCUAAUCAAGCUUUUUAUACAAUAAAUUUAUAGCUCACGUGGGCGACAUGGAGUGUGUUCACAAGAUUGAUAUUAAUUAGCACACCUCACAUUGUAUUUCCCAUGUAAAAUCAUACAAAUAUUUUCCUACACGCCGAUACUAUAUAUAUCAUAUAUAUAUGUCAUACACAUGUAGUGAUAUUUCUUCAUAAAUCAUAAAUAUUCGUAAUGCUUUCGUUUAAGUUUGUUGAUUUUGAUUCGGUUUUCCACUUCACCAGUCGAGCCAUAGUUGUAUAGCCAUUUAUUUAUAAACUUCAACGACACAAAUGCCUCAACUGUUUUAAACUACCAAAAAAAAGUAAGCAAAUAAAUAUAUAAACACAAAUGUACAUCGUAUUUUUACACCUGAUUGUAAAAUCUGUAACAGCACAGCCGCAAUUUUAAAAUCAGAUCUGUAACCGCACAGCUUGAACUCCAGAGUGAGCUGGGCCCGAAAUAGAUCAUUUAAUAAACAACACCGCUUUUAUAAACAUUAAACUCCA